AUGCUGGACUUCCGUAGGACGCCGUGUUAUGACCUCUGGUCCACACAGAAGUCCGAAGUCUCAGAUGAAAAUGUUCCAUAUGUUAGUUGUGCUGGAUACGUUCCAUCCCUUUGUGACCCACUUUUGGUUGCAUUGAACAAAUUAUCAAUAAGCCCAGAGUCUCCAGAUCGUCUCUCUGGUAUCGGAUAUCAUACUGGAGAUAACAUUACUCCAUUUGUUCGUAAUCCAGAUUCUCAUACUAGAUACCCCAAGGAAAGUAAAUCAACACAUCUCGAUUUUGAUGCUGUUAGAUUAAAUCCCUUUGGUGUUUCACCAAACUACAUGGAGACUUUUGAGAACUUAUGUGGAUGUGGACACAAUACUCAAUCUGAAAUCCGGUUACCGAGAUCAGAUAAUAUUUUCAGUCAUAGUCCUGUCACCUGCGGUGAUGUCAAUAAGACGCAACUCACCAACCAAACCAACCAGUUGAUUUCGGUCAGAAAAAAUAAUCGCCCCCUUCCCUGUGACGAGUAUCCUGCAAAUAUGGUUAUCGAUGGAGGUGCCUCGAAUGGCUUGCCACUGCGUGAUGCCAUUGGGGCCGCUCUUGUUAUACUUACUAGUAAAUCCAAAGCAUCUGGAUGCCGUCGAGUGAUAUCCCGUUCUUCCCAUAGAAAUAAGAAGUGGGAUCGUGAGACGUUAAAACUCCACUCUUGGUUCAACUCUUUUUGCUUGUUGGAAAUGCCUGCUUCUCUUAAACAAAUAUUCCUGUCAGUUCGCAGAAAGUUGGAGGAAGAUUAUGUUCUAUGUGCAUUUUGCCGGAACAAUGGCGAGUUACCAGAAAUAUACAUAACUCAUGAAGUUAGAGAUCAAGAUGGGCGGGUGACAUGUCCGGUGUUACGUGUGCUCUCAUGCCCCAAUUGCCAUGCGACUGGUGAUCAUGCUCAUACAAUCAGAUACUGCCCGUAUCCCAGGCAACUUUAG